AUGUGGAGUAUCCUGGGAGGAAUUGAUAAACCACCAAACGGAAAUGGUGAAGGUCGCUGGGAAGACCUAACGGAUCACACAUUCAACUGGUCAAAGAUCAACGACUCGAAGGCGGACAAAGAAGUGGAUUUUGCAGAGGAAUAUCUCAUGGAGAGCUUAAAAACGAUGUUCUUAAAAAAACAUGGUAUAGCUACUGUCAAUUCUGAAACCGCUGUACCAAGUUGGCGCGAGUAG